AUGGCGACCUUGGAUUCACCAUUAGAGGCGUUGGCUUUCGAAUACGCUAGCUUCGGUGUUCUCGCCGUGGUCAACAACGUCUGGACAUGGAUCGCCGUCGUGACAGCCGCCGUCAGCUUCUGGAGGAUCCGAGUCACCACCACUAUCGAAGUCGUCGACGGCAAUGGAUGUGGCUUGUUGGAGGAGCUAUCCGGCUCGAAAUCGGUACAAGAAUGCAUUCAUCUUGAACCGCAAGAAAUGGCUGGUCCGGCGAAAGACACGGCGGCUAAAGUGAAGGAAACGGUUAAGAAAACGAAGGUUUGGGAGCCGUUGAUGUGCGAUGACGGAGUGACGAAAGGGAAGCUGACGAUGCACUACUACGAGGAAGACGUUGACGGAGGGAGGCGUGCUGAGAGUGACGGAGAGUUAACGACCGUUAACUAUGGAGGAGGUUUGGGUAAUUGCGGGGAGUGGUGGGAGAAAUGGGAAAGAGUGUUGAAGAUGAGAAACGGUGAGGAUGAAGGUUGGUACCGUUACGUGGAUUUAACGGUGAUCAAUGGAAGUGUCGUAAGGUUAUGGGAUGAUAACGGAACCCGUAACGGCGGCAGGUGUCUACAUUAG